AUGUUCGUUUUGGUCCUGGCGUUGCAACUCACAUGGAUGGAUCCCAGGAUGUCGGAAUCUGGGAUGAAAAGCAAGGUACCAAAGAAAAAAGCAAACCUGAAGUCUGGAAAGAAGAAAUUAAAGAAAAAGGAUAUUGUUAAAAAUCUGAAUGAAGAAAAAAGUAACAAUGUCAACAAAAAAGACGACAAUCAGAAAAACGAAAACGAAUUGAAAACAAUCAAAAAAACAAUUUUAACACUGCUGUGUCAUGGUGCUGAUCCUCGUAUCGGUGACGUUCCCUUGAAACCAAUUUUUUUAUCAGUUUUUACUGAUGACUCCGACCUCUUAGACAAUCUACUCAAAAGUAACGCUGAUCCAAACACAAUAUUUUCUGAUGAAAAUUUAACUUGUCUACACUUGAUAGUUUCUUUAAAACCUUCUUUAGAGAAAGUUAAAAUGUGUGAAAUUCUUUUAAGUCAUAGUGCUGAUCCCAAUAUUAAAACGCAUCAUAAUCACUGGUUCGAGCUUAGAAAAGAAUUAAUUGGAGAAGAAUGUGACGAAAUCAACGACUGUGAUGAAGGUAAAAAUGCGUUGCAUUUACUGUGCUUACGAGAAGAUUUUAUUAACGAUUCUGAAAAUCUCUUAAUUUGGAUUGCACAUAUUUUGGUAGCUAAUGGUUGCAGAACCGACGAUUUGUAUUUGGGCCACACACCUUUAUCUUUAGCUGUGAUUAGAGGUAACACUAAACUCAUCGAAGCUCUACUUAAGACAAUGAAAGUGGAUCCUCAUCAAUUGUUGGGAAAUGGAAUGGGAAACGCAUUAAUGGUGUUAAUUUUAAACCGUUUUGCGUCACUUUUGCCAAACGAGAUUAAAAAGGAUGUGGCAAAAUGUUUAAUAAGUAACGGAUUAAAUCCUUUGACUAGAAUUGGAAAUUUUGAAAAUGUCAUUUCUUUCAUGGAGAAUGAAAAACAUCUUUUAAAUUUGAAAAAAAUGUCUAAAACAAAAACGGAAAAGAAGAUUAAAAAAAAGUCAAAGAAGAAAUCUAAAACGCCGUCAAAAAAAAGAUCUAAAACGUCGUCAAAAAAGUCAUCAAAAGCGACAGGAAGCCACAGAAAAACCAAACUAGAAUCAGUAGAAGACUUUAUAAUUUCGGAAACAAGGAUGAAUUUGUACAGACAUUUGCAAGGCAAAGCUGUAAAAUUUCUGUAUACGCUUUUAUGUGAAGCAAUUGUGGCUGAUCCUCUAACUGUUGUUUUAGCAAAAUUCGUAAUGCCAGAUGAAGUUUUAGAUAUCAUACAGUUAUUAUUUAAACAUGGUGUAAUUGACUUUAGUGAGUUUAAUUAUGCCCUUAUAAGUGAUUUAAUACAGUUUGUGAGAAUUCAUCAUUUUGACGAAAAACAAAGUGACGAAGAAUAUAAUAAAUUAAAGGAGACAAUUAAGAAUACACACUGGAAACCUUUAAGAAAUAUUUCUCAAAAUAUAUACCUUCCAGCACCUGAAAUUGAUUCUCAAGAGGAUAAAUAUAUUGUUUGCUUCGAAUGUUUGAAAAGUCAGGGAAAACGAUUGAUAAGAUGUCCAAGUUGUGAACUAGUCUAUUUUUGUUCCGAACAUUGUAAUCGCCUAAACGAUAAAACUUCCAAACACCAUCCUUGCAAGGUUACAUUUUAUGAUGCAGUUUUGGAAAUUAUUAAAGACGAAGUUCAACCCAGUCGAAUUCAAGUCCUUUUGAAGAUGGCAGAAAAAAUGAAAAAAGAAAGAAUAGCAGUGUUACAUUUAUUAGAAAUGGACGAAAAAGUAAGAAAACUGAAAUUUAUACCAAUGACAACUAGAAAUAGGUUUGAACUGCUUUAUAACGAAUUUGAAAUGGCCGAAAAAGAAAGACAAGAAUUUGCACAUAAAAAUAGUUUAUGGGAUUAUGCAAACAUUCUUAUGCAAAAUAGAUCACAAAGUAUCGUGAGGAAUGUUUACUUUGAAAACAUACCAGAGACAGCUGCUGCUCAAAUUCACAAAAGUUCCCCAAACGUUUUUACCAAGGUCACUUCUAAUAUUAGUAAUAUAUCUUCAAAAGAUGGUGGUAAAUUUGUUGACACUUUUCGCAGUUACCAAAAUGUUCUGUACAAUACACCCCAGGGAAUAACACCAACCUCUACUACUUUAGUAUUUACAACAAAAUCUCGUGGUUUAUCGCAGUUUUUGCUUAGUAAAAACUCAUCAUCGACUGUAAAAAUCGGUGAACUUCAAAAAAAAAAAAGGAAAUCCAUGCUAUCAAACGGAUUAGGGAAAGAAGACGUACGUUCACAAAGUAGUAAAAAGGAAAAUUAUGAAGAAAGAAAUAAGAAAUUACUAGAUAAAAAUUACUAUAUGGAUUUGCUGUCAAAAAUUUUUGCGGAUUUUAAUCUUCCCUUGUUGCUGUUACCGUAUGCUUGUUACAAAGAUGGGCAAGUUUAUUACAGCAUGACUGGCAACAUGUCUUACCUUGGAUCCAGUUUCCAUAAACUACAGAUUCCUGAUUAAAU